AAGACGUAAGCCAAGAAGCAGGCUGAGCAGCCCCAGGAGAAGGGGUGCUAGACGGCUGCUGUCACCAGGGGCCUGACGAGGAGGUGAGGGAGGCUGAGACGCCCGGCCUGAAGCCAGACCACAUCCAGGUCCCAGUGGCGCUGGCAGACACCCCUUGUCCAUGCCCAGGCCCUGAGCUGCCCCGUCCCCGCUGACUCCGCACCCAGAAUGGCCUGCGCUGAGGUCCUGCAGACGCCAGAACCAGAGCAGCCCCAGCCCAUCUCCGCAAGAGCCACCCCCACCACCCCUAAGGCCGCGGACCCUGCUGGGGGGCACUGGGGCUCCGCGGAUGGCGGCUUGGAGUGCCUGGUGUGCCGGGAGCCCUACACCUGUAUCCGGCCGGCCAAGCUGCUGAGCUGUCAGCACUCCUUCUGUGCGGUCUGCAUCAAGCUCCUGCUGUGUGUACGGGACAGCACCUGGUCUGUUACCUGCCCACUGUGCCGCCAAGCCACCUCUGUCCCCGGGGGCCUCGUCUGCAGCCUGCGUGACCAGGAGACCGUAAGGGGGUGGCCGGGCCGGCCGGGCCUGGAGGUGCAGCUCUGUCCUCAGAGGCUGGCAGACUCUGCCACCUCAGCAGCGUGGCCCCCCGGCUCGGUGGGAGAGGAUGGGCGGGAUGUGGUCAGCGCCAACCGCAUGGCAGCCCGGCGCCUGGCAGCACACUUGCUCCUACUGGUCUUGCUCAUCAUUCUCAUCCUGCCCUUCAUCUACCCUGGCGCCGUCCGGUGGGUGCUUGCCUCCGUUAUCACCUUGGCCCUGCUUAUGUCCUCCCUAUUCUGUUGUCACUCCGGCAGCCAGGGUAGCUGCUGGCCCUCCCCCGGGACUCUUUUCUGCAGAGGACAGAAACACAGUGAGAUCUCUUCCAUCGCCUGAGUGCGCUCCAAAGAGAGGGCACCUGCUGCCUCUUGGGCCCCAUUAGGCUCACAGUGAACAGGUGAAGGGGCUCUGAACUAAGGCUGCUUCCCUUGGGGGAUUAAGUACCAGCUGGACUCACAGGCCAAAGCCAGGGGACUGCGUUGGGUCAAGAAAGACGUGCCUGGUUGAUAGACUUAUGUUUGCCCAGGGCAUAGCUCGUCUAAACCGCGUGGGGUCCGGGAGGGGGCACAGAUUACUUGAACCCCACAAGGGGUCUCCUGUCCCUCUUACUCUAAUGUUC